AGAAGAUCCCUACCGCUAUGGAUCCGUAUGCUCGCCAGAGAAUCGUACCAGAGCUUCAACAAUGAGGGGCGACGAGGUCAUGCUCGCCCUAUCUUCUAUCGUUGAAACAAACAGGGUUCAAGCUAAUUGCUUCGAGAACCGGAUUGGCACUAAAGUUGUCUUGUAAGGAAUGGCUCCAUAUGGAUUUGAGGGGUUGAAGAAUGAAUAAGGCAUCCGUCCCUAGACUAGAUGCAGUUUACAUUCCUUCACCUCCCAUUCGUAAGUCACUACCAGAUUCAACUCCAUCCAGCUUGAUCACCAACUCAAACAACUUCACCAUGGCUGCUGCUACCGUUUGUCCCGUUGUUGGCACGACCAACACCACCCUUCCUCCUUCUCACCCCGAGAUCGACCUUACAAAGUCUGGACAGACCUGCCCCGUCGUGGGUGCCAAGACUGACCACCACCUCAACCUGCACAAGCACCCUUCUGUCCCUCUUCCAUCAGACCAUCCCAACGCCAGCGCAGCAGAUGCGCAGAAGUGUCCAGCGCUGAACAAGGCUGUCAACCAGCCCAAGGCUCAAGCUUUGGACGACAAGAUCUGCCCAGUUGUGGGCACUGCCACAACUGUGCUCCCUCCUGACCACCCGAGCACCGCAAAUGCUUCCGAGGGCGAUGUCUGUCCCGUCACCAAGGCCACCAUUGGUCACCACAAGGACAAGGUGUCAGAACACCCAUCCCUCCAGGCAGACUCUGAGGCAGUCUGCCCCGUCACCGGCGCCAAGGGCCCCGCUCAUUAAUGACGUGCAUGAAAGUGAUUUGGGUAAACUGGCGUACUGGAUUUUUGGUCUCAAUAAAGAAAGGCCGUCUGACAAUAUCAGGUCCAUUUUGCAAAGCUCAUAUUUUCCUCAUUUCCCACCGAAAAUCUUGCACUUCGAAAAUCGUAGAAGUUUAAUUCAACUGCA